AUGGGGUACAACGUGGCAGCAUGCACGGCCAUGGGGGUCAUGUUCCCUGUUCUUGGCGCGAUAGUGCUGGCUGUGCGAACGCAUGUACGAUGGGCGUAUACGAAGCGUAUGGAGAUUGAUGAUAUCCUCAUAAUACCGGCAUUCCUUCUCAUAAUUGCUGGCGGCGUUGCUUUCAUCUAUGGAGCACAAACCGGCAUCAUUGGAGGCCACUCGAUACCACUCACAACUACAGAAUAUAGCAAGCUCAACAAGUUCGAAUGGGCUUUCUGGAAUGGCCAUACCGUUACCAUCUGCUUCGUCAAGCUAUCGAUUCUGUUCUUCUUCCGCCGACUUUUCCGAGGCAAAGGAAAGAGGACCGCGUUCGACAUCGCAAACUGGUCCUUGAUUGUGUUCAUUCCAAUAUGGGGUGUUGUUUUCCUCUUCGCCCAAUUCUUCGUCUGCGGCCUGCACCCUGAGGCCCUAUGGACCACGCACUUCUGGGAUGCGAACGCUUGCAUCAACAGCUUCGCUAUGAACCUUGCUGCGUCAGUGUUCAACUGGAUUGUCGAUUUGUGUAUCUUGAUCGAACCACUGGUCAUGAUCCAACGACUUCAACUUGUGAACGCUCGACAGAGGUUGCAAGCAAGUGCAGUCUUCUCGCUCAGUCUCCUUGCCGUGGUUGCAGGUCUCCUGAGAAUGAUCACCUGGGCAGAAUUGAACAGAGAUGGCCACACUGCUACAGUCUAUGAAAUGCUUGGUGUCAAGUAUCCCGUCGAGGACUUGGAAGGUAUCAUCACCCCUAUGCUCUUCUGGAGCUACGUCGAGAUGGGCGUUGGAUUCCUAGUCGCCUGCGUGCUUCCAUCAGCCCGGAUCUUCGACUCUAUCAUGUCUUCCAAAACCGUCCAGAAGAUCCGCAUGCACCUUCUACGGAAGACUUCAUCGAGUUCUGAGAUGGAACGUACGGGAUCGGAAACGAACUUUGUGUACAAGACCAAGAGCAGUUCUGAAGGUUCUUACAGUGAGCCUGGUGACCGCUCGGGGACGAAUGAGUUGCAGCAGUAUGAUCGCGAGAUGGCCGUUAUUGAUAGUCUAGGUUGA